AUGCUCGAGCUCCCGAUCAUAAAGAAAGCUUUCGUCCAAAAUCGAGUAGAUAACAAGACGUCAAUCAAAGAAGUCAAAGCGAUGAUCGAUGACUCGGAAGCUUUAUAUGAAAGUUUGAUAGAAUUAGGAGAAGAUUACUUGCUUGAAAAGAGUGAGAUGAUGGGUACGGAGAUAGUGAAGGAGGCGUUUAGGUUAUUUGAUGAGAAUCAAGACGGGUUUAUAGAUGAAAAUGAGCUGAAACAUGUUUUUGGGUUGUUGGGAUAUGAUGGGUGUACAAAGAUGGAGUGUAGGAAGAUGAUAAAGGCUUUUGAUGAGAAUAGAGAUGGGAAAAUUGAUUACUUACCGGGUUAUCGGGUCGGAUCAAGUCUAGGGACAAUGGCGACUGUCACUACUCAAGCCUCGGCCUCGAUUUUCCGACCAUGUACUUCAAAGCCAAGAUUCCUCACCGGUUCUUCCGGUAGAUUGAACCGAGAAUUGUCGUUCAAAUCGAUCGGCUCAUCCUCUAAAACGGCAUCGUUCAAGGUUGAAGCUAAGAAAGGAGAAUGGUUGCCUGGUUUGGCAUCGCCUGGUUAUCUCAACGGCAGUCUUGCCGGUGACAAUGGCUUUGACCCAUUGGGACUAGCAGAAGAUCCAGAGAACUUGAAAUGGUUCGUCCAGGCAGAGCUUGUCAACGGACGUUGGGCCAUGCUCGGCGUCGCUGGGAUGCUUUUGCCGGAAGUUUUCACCAAGAUCGGAAUCAUAAACGUUCCGGAGUGGUACGACGCCGGGAAAGAGCAGUACUUUGCAUCCUCGUCGACACUGUUCGUGAUCGAAUUCAUAUUGUUCCAUUACGUUGAGAUCAGACGGUGGCAAGACAUCAAGAACCCAGGAAGUGUGAACCAAGACCCUAUCUUCAAGCAAUACAGCUUGCCUCCAAAUGAAGUUGGUUACCCCGGCGGAAUCUUUAACCCGCUUAACUUUGCUCCGACGCAAGAGGCCAAGGAGAAAGAGCUUGCAAACGGGAGGUUGGCGAUGUUGGCAUUCUUAGGGUUUGUGAUUCAACACAAUGUGACUGGAAAGGGACCAUUCGAGAAUCUGUUGCAGCACUUGUCUGACCCAUGGCACAACACUAUCGUCCAGACCCUCGGCUGA